CCAUCUCCUCCCGUCUCAACCUCUCCUCGUCUGCGUAUCCCGAGCACUUACGUAUCAAAGUCACAAUACAUUACCCUGCACACUUGGCACUGGCUCUGCAGCCCCCUUGCUAGGCUCCGGUCUUGUCGAGCCUUGGAGUGAUCCCUUGGCACCUGUGCGCAGCGAUGCUAAUGACGCCCGUCUAACCCAAAGUGCUCUCGUUCAUGUCCCACUUCUCGAGCGACAACAACCGCAACAGCUACGCUUCCACCACAACAGCCGCCCCCGCAACCUCGUCACCUGCGAGUGCUCUUCCUUCAACCAAACCCUCCUUUCCUCCAUACCCGCCGCCCGCCAAGUCAGACAGACACAGCUACGGCGAGCUGCAGCCAUCGCAGCCACAGCCCGCCUCGACCGCCUCUUCGCCGCCUGUCCCGUCAUCACCAGCAUGGGACAGCCGUGAGCAGUCUCCCGCGGCCGCCGACCCUUUCCCCACCAGCGCCUUCACGCCCCGGACAACCCGAGGUCGCAGCAACUCUCGCCCGCUAUCCAUGGUCAUGAGCUACCAGCCGCCCAUCAUGGACAUCAACGAGGACACAAUUCCCGAGCUCCAGCCGAUUUUUAGCUUCCUCAACAGCCACGGCAACAAGCUCUACCAGGAGGGCUACUUCCUCAAGCUCGACGACCAAAACACUCAGGGCAAGCCCAACCCGGAUCGGACUUGGACAGAAUGCUUCGCGCAGCUCGUGGGCACAGUUCUUUCGCUAUGGGAUGCCGCCGAGCUUGACGCCGCCGGAGAAGAUGGCGAGGUACUCCCGAAGUUUAUCAAUCUCACGGAUGCGUCUAUAAAAAUGAUUGAGUCACUACCGACAAGCUCAGCUGGAGAACAGCCUCUACAGAACAUACUCAGCAUCUCGACAGCAGGGAAGAACCGCUAUCUGCUCCACUUCAACUCGCGGCAUUCUCUGAUACAGUGGACCGCGGGCAUACGCCUGGCCAUGUUCGAACAUGCCACUCUCCAAGAAGCAUAUACUGGGGCUCUGCUUGCUGGCAAGGGCAAGCUUCUCAACAACAUUGGCGUCAUCAUGGAACGUGCGCGUUUUCCGGUCGAGCAAUGGGUUCGCGUCCGUUUCGGUGCCGGCAUGCCUUGGAGGCGAUGCUGGUGUGUCAUCACGCCACCAGACGAGAAGGAAUACCAGAAGAUGCAAAAGGACGUCAAGAAGAAGGGACCUUACGAUCGAACACGAGCUCCGCUCCUCAAAGGCGACAUCAGGUUCUACGACCAGCGCAAGGAGGGCAAGAAGCAGAAGAAGAUGCAACCGAUUGCCACGAUAACUGAUGCCUACUCGGCGUAUUCACUGUAUCCACAGGCCAAGUCGCUCAUCGAUGCCUCGACAUUGAUCAAGCUAGAAGGAAGCAUAACGAUCCACGCGGACCCGCCCUCCUCUAGCGAAGGCUUCGUCUUCGUCAUGCCUGAGGUGAACCCUGCCAUCUCUGGAUUCGAGAUGAUGAUGAGGUUCCUAUUCCCGACUUGGGACACUUUUGGUCUUUAUGGCCGCCCAGGAAGAUUGGUCACCAGCGUCCUGGACCAGAGAUCCCUCAUGUUCGCCAUGCCAAAACACAAGCGAUACGGGUACCUCGAGCUACUGGAUGUAUCAAGCCUGAUCCUCACUGACGGAAGCUCCGGGUGGAUUGAGAAGGAAUGGCGCAAGAAACUCAAAGAGCUCACUAGUACACGGAUGAACGUGGUCGGUGAAGAGCGAGAUACGGACAGUGGGCCGAGCAGUCGUUCCAACAGCAGAACUGGCUCUCGACUGAGUGGCGGCACGCCGCAGCCUGGCCAGCGGCAGCGCGUUGGAUUUGCGGAUGCGGCGGAGCAGCCACCAUCAAUGACGAGGGCUUCCCGUUCGAUGUCUCUGACCAAUCGGCCAAUGGAUCUCUCUGUUAACACAGGGGAACGGGCGCCGUCGGCAAUGGCUGGUUCGCAUUCACGGCACUCUAGAAAUGCGUCGGAUCCCUCACUGAUGGGCCCUCUACCGCACCACCCGGGUCUCCACCAGCCCAGCCCCUUGUCAGGUAGGACACCGACAAGCGCCCAGGGCUACCCUCGGGACCUUGCUUCCACUCCGGAGCGUAUGAGCUCAGAAGACGAGAUCACAUUCCAGCCUCCGGCUGUACAGAACACCCACAACAUGAGCACGCCGGAGCCAGUCAUCCGUCCGCCCAGGUUCUCUCACCUGCCAGGGGAGAAGCCAUCCACCCGGCCAUACCAUUCCCCGGAGCUUCGACGUGCCAACAGUCGGCUCUCAAGCACGACACUUGCCCAGCUCGCCCAGAAUGGCGGCGUUGCCUUUGACGGAGAAGCACCUACUGGACAUCCUGGCGACGAACAGGGCCCAAUGCCACCACCACACCGUGACCAAGCUGGUCCGCCACCGGUACUGCCUCACACCAACCAUCCUGGGAUGCCUGCUAAUACCGGUCCUGAAGCAAUGAACCAACCUUACCCACGAUCCCCUGGUCUUCCUCCUCCGGGCGUUGGAUUCCAGGAAAAUCGAUCUCAAUCGCCCAUGAACCCAAACCGAGGACCGCCGAUUCCUAAUCCCAACUACAGACGACCCAGCCCAGGACCUGGUCCCGACUUCCGAAGUCGCUCAGACUCUCGGCCUGGCACGGCAGGCAGCCAGCAUCGACCCAUGACUCCGGGAGGAGGCCCACCCGGUGGACGAGGUGGACCACCCCCUGGACGUGGUGGAGGGCCACCUUAUGGUCGCGGCGGUGGGCCGCCUCCAGGUCAUCCAGCGUACAGAGGUCGUGGCGGUCCAGGACCCGGACCUGGCCGAGGCCGUGGCAUGCCACCUCCGCAUAUGGCUCAACAAGCAGGGCCUAAUUCGUACCGCCAACCUGGGGCUCCUGGUCAGGAAGAACCGUUCAAUGUCAAUACCGUCAUCGCAAGGAAACCUGUUGUUAAUGGGUCUCUCCCUGCGCGUGGGGAUAGUCUACGGUCGCCCGUUGAGGCCUUCCCACCUCUGGCACAGUCAAGCACGAGCAGUUUCACCUCUGCCAGUAUUGACUCAGGCAUCAUGAACAAGAUCCAGGGACCACCCCCAGGCGAGCGUGCAGCGAUGCGACGACACGACACGAUGACCAGCCAAGUCAGUAGCAAUUACGGCGACAAUGUGUCAACUGCAAGCCCGGACUAUGCCAGCACGCGGCCAUCCAUUGAAUCGCAAGCAUCGAUGGAGCGACCUCGUGCUGGCGUGCUCAAGACUAUUGGCAAUGCUGAUGCCACGGCAAGCGGGCCGCCCCGCCGUGAGUUUGACAUGCCUGAGAUUGAUUUUGGCCCGACUGUGAACUAUGCCGCACAACAGAGGAGCAAGACCCCGACUGGACUACCACCAAAUCAACCCAAUGGGCCACAAGCUGCACAGCCAGCGCCUUUGUCGGCUGGUCUGCAGAGCUUCGCACCCGCACUUGGUCCGCAGCGUCGCUCACCUGCGCCCCAGGCUGCUCAUGACCGCCAGCCGUCCAACGAGGGCACGCGAAGGAGCAUGAUCUGGCAGCCGCCUUCGGCAUCAUCGCAUCAGGGUGGCUCUGGAGGAAGCGGGAUGUCUGCAGAGCAAUUUGUGCAGCAUCGGGCUGUCGCAGCAACACCCCAAUAUGCGCAUCACAGGCAAUCAUCAAGUGUCACCCUGAGCGGUCACCGUGCUGGCACGACACCCCCUCCCGGGAAUAGACCUGGUUCUCAGGACUACAUUGGCAUCGCCCAUUCCAGGAAUAACUCACAGGAGUUAUUGCAGCGCCCGAGCUCGCGGUCCGCUGGGGAUGUGCUGCAGCGUCCAUCGUCCCGAGAGCUCCUCCAGCGACCCAGCUCUCGCGGUGCCGGUGAGCUUCUUCAGCGUCCUGGUUCUCGUGGCGCUGGUGCUGUGCUAGGUGGGCAAGGAGAGUCCCACUUGUCCGCACGGGAACAGGAGCAGAUCGCUCGGGCUACUGGCUCGCCACUCAUCCAGAUGGCUGGCAACAAGAACGGACCCCCGGCCAGUGGGGGACUUGUCGGUGCGAUCCAGACUCGUGAGCGCGAGCGUGAGCAAGCAAAGCAGGGCUGGUCGAACGCCUCAACCCAACAGGCUAUUCAACAGAGACAGCUAGCACAACAACAACAGCAGCAGCAGCAGCAGCAGCAGGCCUACCAACAGCAAUAUGCUCAGGUGCCUGGGACUCCGGGUACUCCUCGGGGGCCUCCUCCUCUCAAUGGGUACUCGAACAUGGGGCGUGGCGUGGGCUAUGGGGUUCCACAGUCACCCAUGCAGCAGAACUUUGGGAUGCAGCAGGGAUAUUUCCCCGCCUCGCCAGGAGGCUUCGAGCAGCCGGGCAGUUGGGGUGGUGGCGGUGGUCUAGGAGCCAUGUCGCCUCAGUUGCAGCAUCCUCCACAGGGUUAUGGUGCCAUACAGCAGCCCGUGAUGCAGGUGAACCAGCAACAGGCGCAGUUUGUGCCUGGACCACAGCAGGGGCAAUAUCCGGCGCAAGGACAGGGCAGUUAUGGAUACCACGGUCAGGCCUUCUAGCGAUAGAGUGUAGGCAUGCGUGAGCUGGCUGGAGUUCAUGAUUUCUUCCCUUUUUUGUUUUUUGUUUAUCUCUCCCCUCUUCUCUUGGUUAUUCUGUACCAAAAGGAGAUUACUUGCAUACUGGCAUUUUUUUCUUUUCCCUUUGUGUUUAUUAUCCUCUCAUCCACUGGAAGUGGGCUGCAUAGCAUUUGGGUAUUUCGUAGCGUUAAAAAAAAAGACGGUUCAUCUCAUGGAAAAGUUAUGUCCC